AUGGCCCCUACCCAGUUCACCCUCCCCAACCUCUACGCCAUGUGCCCUCUCGAGGGUUCGACGAGCGAACACUACGAGAAGGCCGCGGCCGAGUCCCGCGCGUGGGUCAACAACUACCACCUCUUCAAGGGCGCGAAGCUUGCGUUCUUCCUCCAAGGCAACAACGAGCUCCUCGUUUCACACACGUACCCGUACGCGCCGUUUGCGCAGUUCCGCACCUGCUGCGACUUCGUCAACCUCCUCUUCGUCGUCGACGAGGUUUCCGACGAACAGGACGGCAUCGGUGCCCGCGCCACUGGCGAGGUGUACCUCAACGCCAUGCGUCACCCUGACUGGAAUGACGGCUCCGUCCUGGCCAAGAUGACACUCGAGUUCAAGCAACGCCUGCUAGAGCACGCCGGCCCGAACUCCUACCGCCGUUUCCUUGUCCACUGCGCUGAUUACAUCAACGCCGUCGCCCGCGAAGCAGAGCUGCGCGAAGCUGGCGAGGUGCUCAGUCUCGCCGACUUCGAGCCUCUCCGCCGCGAGAACAGCGCAAUCCGCCUGUGCUUCGGCCUCUUCGAGACGUGCCUCGGGAUCGACCUCCCCGACUCCGUCUUCCAGGACCGUCAAUUCAUGACGCUCUACUGGGCUGCCGCCGACAUGGUCUGCUGGGCUAACGACGUGUACUCGUACAACAUGGAGCAGGCCCGCGGGCUCGCGGGGAACAACAUCGUGACCGUGCUCAUGCGCGAGCACGCCAUCGACCUGCAGGCCGCCUCGGACCGCAUCGGCGCGCACUUCGGCGCGCUCAUGGACACCUUCGUGCGCACGCGCGCCGCGCUCCGCUCGUUCGGCAGCCCCGCGCUCGACGCCGCCGUCGCGCGCUACGUCGAGGCCAUGGGCCACUGGAUCAUCGGCAACCUCGACUGGUCGUUCAUCUCCGCGCGCUACUUCGGCGCGGAGCUCCCGACGGUCCGCGCGACCGGCGUCGUCACGCUCAGCCCGCGCGUGCGGCUCGAUGAGGACUCGGACGUCAGCGACGACGCGGAGGAGGAGCAGGAGGACGCCAGCGCCGUCGCGCGGGAGCAGAUCAGGGCGUAA